AUGCCCUCACAAUCAAAUCUGAGAGCUGCUCAGGCCGUUGUUCUUUCACGCCAGCGACUUCGCCGCGGUCUCAAUCGUGAUGCUGCCGGCCGCCGAAAGAAGCCACUGACUCUUCGUGCUGCUGAAGCUCGAUAUGCCGGCUCUGCUCGUGCAUCUAUCGGCCGCAUCGUCAAGAGACUUGAGGCUGCGAAUACCGUAGAUUAUGAGGAUGUUGUCGAUCCUAAGAUGGGGCGCCCGCGGCAACUCACGGAUGAGGAAGAAGAAGCUAUCGUGUGUUAUAUCAUCUGGAUGGAAAAGUCAGGCCUGCCUGCCUCCAAGUGGGAAAUAGAAGAUGCAGCACUUACUCUGCGGCGCCGCCGUGAUCCUGAUGCGAGACCUGUGAGCAAGAUGUGGUACUCUCGCUUCCGCGAUGAUCAUCCUGAGCUUGCGAAAUCGAUAUUGAAGUCGAGAGAAGCUUCGCGUGCCGAAUAUGAGGAAGGCGGCGUUGAUGAUACGAAGGAGUGGUUCCAACGCCUCAGCGAUGUGAUGACGAAGAAGCAGCUCAAGAAGAAGAAGACCUUCACGCCUGCUCAUUUCUCACUUCUUCCCUCAGAUAUGCGAUUUCACGCCGCUUCCAGCACCGCCGAGACCAUCGGCGAGCGAUAUCACGAUAUCCUCAGUUCUCCUACGCUCGCAGGGCUCCGGCACAUUCGCAACAUCGUUCAUGAAGCUGUGGUGCUUGAGGAUGUUAUCAAAAUAUCGCUGCAAGAUCUGCGAGAUCAACAAGAGGAGGCUAUCGCCGACGAUAAGAAGAAGCAACAUAAGCAGGGUAUACGAUUCACACGAUCUGUCAUCAUCAAGGAGAUGAACCGCCUCAAGGAUGAGUGGCGAGAGAAUAAAGAAGUUAUCGUCAACGGCAUACCAAAGAGGCUGCAGUUCAAGCAGUGGUUGGAGCACACAGGGAAGCAAUAUGACUAUUUAUCUAUGGAUACACAGCGUUCACAAAUGACUCAAGCACUGAAAGAAGAGACUGACGGCUAUAUGAUAGAUACACAACUCCCUGAUGAUGUGCGUGAAGCUAUCCGCAAGGCACAGUAUGCCGCGAAGCCCCUCAGCGCCGUUGAUCUCACCGGCCUCCCUCACAGUGAUGAUACGGUCACUUUCAACCUCACACAAGCACACGAGCACGAGGAAAUGGAUGAAGAAGACGAGAUUCUUCCUGUAAUUGAAGUCGCCGGCGGCAGCGAAGUCGAGAUGCCCUCAUCGCCGCCCUGUGCACCUGACUCUGAGUCAUCACUACCUACACUUCCCUCAACUCCUUGUCCCUAUCAACACCACACGCAGCUUCAUGAGUCACUUCGUGAUAUCAUCAGGGGAAUAAGAACGGCACAAGAAGAUAGCCUUAUUGGCUAA